AUGUGGCUGUGGCGAGGCGCUCAGUCGGCAGUCUUCUACUAUGCCACCUGUACACCAUGUGCCGAGAAAGUCGAUCGUCGAAAACGCAUGAAGGAAGCCGAAGCCGCUCGAUCCCGUCGCGAAAAGGAGAAGAACGAAGAGAUCAUCGCCGACCAACCUCGGCCGUUCCCCCAACCAACCGCCUUCAGCACCAAUGCCGGAUGGGCGGAGGAAAUUGCGUUAGGCCCCGGCCCCCCAGCAAGAAGAGGUGGCAACCGGUCUGCGCAUCGUCGCACGGAUAGUUGGAACACGGAUGGAAUCUCCGCAACCUCCUGUCAGGAUGUACGUGCGUCGCAAAAGAAGGACAAGAGUAGUCUGAUGCAGCCGAUUGAGGAACGGUGGAACCGCAUGCGAUAUCAGCGCGAAGACGAGCCGUUAUGGGGUGAAGAAGUGGAGGUGAAGGGCUCGUCGGUUGGAUUAUCAGGUAGCGGGAAAGCGAAUGCCCACGAACCCAGCAAAUACUAUAUCGCACGGGUGCCUCCAGUCAACGAUCUCCAUCCGCCUAUCGUCAGUGGACCCAAGUCUAGGGCCGAGACACGAUGGAUGCUGCAACCUGUACCUAGCGCUAGGGUAAUGGCCGGAAAAGAUCGUUUCCCUACCCAGAAGAGUAGUACCAGCGACCCCUCCUUAACCCACGAAAAGAGUACCAACAAAACCUCCGAUCGAACCCCACUACCUCCCUUAUCUACCCAGAAUGUGGAAAAGAAACCCGCCAGAGUUCGUCCUCCGUUCGCCCACCUUGACGAUGAUGAUGACGAUGACGACGAUGAUCCUCGACCUCUGAGGACGCCUGAACCCAAGGAUAGCCGCGAAUACAGAUCACCCUCCUCCUUAACAUACGGGCGUGAUGAGUCUAAUGUUGUCAUAGCGUCGUCUCUACGGUCACGGUCAGAUUCGUCUUCGUUAGCUUCGAUUGACUCCGAUGACAUAGAAUCCCCAAGGGUUUCGAUACAGUCCCCGCAGACACCGAUAUCCCGACCGAUGUCUAAGGAAGCCGAUGACGGUAGCAAACUGUUCCGACCGCAUGUGUCGAAGACAUUAUCUAACCUGCAUCGGGAGGACAAGAAAGUUGAAUUAUUGCAUUUGGAGAUUUCCGACCCCCAUGAGGAAGUCGGAUUCGGUGAUCUGGAACAGAUACGGCCGUGGCGCUGGAGCAUGGACAUAUAGCGGUAGUAUCCGAUUCCUCAAAGCAACUUUCUAGCCUUGAUUCUGUUUCUUCCUCGAAUUCUGAUCUCAGACACUCCGAUACACCUUGAUACCUGGUUUUUCUCGGCGUUAACAGCAGACAAAAGCGAUCGUUCCGUUCUUUAUCAUCCUAUCGAUUCUCUAUGCAUUGGAGCAACCAGUUACCCCGAAGAAGUCCCGUUGUUAUGUGCAUGGCAGGACCACCAGAAACGAACAAGAUUACUAAAGACUUUCCGUGACUGUUGUUUUAUCCGUUGUCUCCAUAACAUACAGUACCUAUACAUACAUACCAUCCCUGCAAAAUUCCAUCCAUCCGUUCAUUCCCAGCGCAGAUUACCUUCUCUAGUUUCAAACGCAUUUUCUUUCUCCGUUGUCUGAAUUGUUCUUUGACCUUUGUUCUCAACUAUGCAUUUGUCCUGAAGCCCCAUCCUCAUGUUCCAUGUAUAAUAUCUUUUAAUAUCAUUUAAUACAUGUUUUUCGCGAUUGCCUGCGUUGUAACGAUUUAAUUUUAUCUUCCUGGGUGUUUGUUGGUCAUUAUAAUGAUAUGGUAUAAAUCAUGAAUCUUUCAAUGUUGAGCUGUAUCUUGAUAGUAGAUGAAUUGGAAUGGUCUAUACUGAGUACUCCGAAAUCUCCAUAGGCCUCCUAUAAUGAAAAGACCUGGUUACGUCAU